UUAAAAACAGAUGUCACAUACAGAUUGAUAGAUAUAGAUGUUAAACUGUUCAUAUUUUUGUUUACCUAAUCAGGACUAUCCUAUCACAUAUUCAAAGAUAAAAGUGCCCUAUCUUAUCUGAUAAUGGGGAGAGAAGGUGAUAUAGGCAAGCGGGUGAUAUCACGUAUGUAACCUCAGUAUGUGGCCAACCUCCGCCUGCUCCACUGUACUCAGUGACGGUUGUGUUGUCAAACGAGUACAUUCUGAUGACUUCAGCAACAUAAUUCUACUAAAUUCAUAAAUCAUUCAAUAAUCAGUAACUUGACAUCAAUCUGUGAUGAUUAAUAGAUGGUGAUUCAUUUGGAUAGAAAUGCUGUUAAAAGUGGCUCACAAAGUGCUUCACCUAUGAUCUCCAAUCAGUGUCUGAUAGGAUCUCAGCAGUUUACAUUUUGCUUAUUUGUAAACAACACAACAAAAUAUUACUCAACAAAAAAAUAUGGCUCCAAAAUCUCCUGAAAUCACAAUAGUACGGACUAUUGUACCAAGGAGAAUUAACAUGUGCAACAAAGGUAAAAUGGUGGUGAGUUGGGUAAGCUCGGCCUUCUCUGAGAAAUUGCACACCACCAAGCAUGUGGCACACGUGUGUCUCCUUCUCAUCGUGGUGUUCCUGUUUGAGGUGGGAGCCGGAGGCCUCUGGGGGGGAACACCCACCACAGCUGCAUAUCCUCCUCUAGUCACCCUCCUUUUUCAACUGUUGAGACUCUUGCCUCUUCUGGCACUGCCUCAGGCAGUUUUUAAUUUCCUGGGCUUCAUCUGCUUCAAUGCCUUCCCUGAGAGAGCCAAACUGAAGGGUUCUCCUCUCUUAGCACCAUUCCUGUGCCUGAGGGUGGUCACACGUGGAGAUUACCCGGACUUGGUCAGAACCAAUGUUAAUCGCAACCUUAAUACCUGCUUACGUGUUGGCCUUGAAAAGUUUAUGAUUGAGGUUGUUACUGAUAAAAAAAUUGACCUCCCCGAAAACCAGAGGAUCAGACAGGUGGUCGUUCCGUCAAGUUAUCGGCCCAAGAGUGGAGCGCUGUUCAAGGCUCGAGCAUUACAGUACUGCCUGGAGGAGGAUGUCAACCUUUUAGCAGAUACAGACUGGAUAGUUCACUUGGAUGAAGAAACUCUGGCAACUGAGGCUGCUAUUCGAGGGAUCCUCAACUUUGUUAUAGAAGGCAGGCACCAGUUUGGUCAGGGGUUGAUAACAUAUGCAAAUGAAAACAUCAAGAACUGGUUCACAACUUUGGCAGACAGCUUUCGAGUCUCAGAUGACAUGGGGAAGCUCAGGUUUCAAUUCAAGGUUUUCCAUAAGCCACUCUUUGGCUGGAAGGGUUCCUAUGUUGUUACUCAGACUGGUGCCGAGCGGCGGGUGACCUUUGACCAUGGCCCAGAUGGGAGUGUGGCUGAGGACAACUACUUUGGUAUGGUGGCACUGCGGGAAGGCUACUCUUUUGACUUCAUUGAAGGAGAAAUGUGGGAGAAAUCCCCCUUCACCAUCUAUGACUUCCUUCAGCAGCGAAAGAGGUGGCUGCAGGGGAUCCUCUUGGUGGUGCACAGCCCACACAUCCCAGUGAGCACCAAGUGGCUUCUGGCUGUCUCCCUCUACUCGUGGAUCACCAUGCCCCUGGCUCUAGCCUCAGUAGUCCUAAGCACCAUCUUUCCUGUUCCUGUGCCUGGGUUUAUCAAUGUGGUUGCAGCAUUUGUUGGAGCCGUAAACUUUUAUAUGUACAUUUUUGGUGUAAUUAAGUCAUUCCGUGUGGACCGUCUGGGGUGGCUGCGGAUGACAAUGUGUGUGGCUGGGGCACUCAUCACCAUGCCCUUUAACUUCUUGGUGGAGAACAUUGCUGUAGUGAGAGGGUUGGUAGGCAACAAACACAAAUUUUACAUUGUGGACAAAGUAAUGGGAGCUCCUGAUAAAGUAGUCAGCACUGUUUAAAUUGUGGGCUGGCUUGCCUAGUCAUGUGUACACAUAUAUUUUCUCCCCUCCCUUCUUCUUGCAGCUUACCAGCACAACCACUGCCACUUGCCAGAGAAAUGCUAAAGCUACAUGUGUCUCUUAGAAUGAUGAAAACAUGGGUUUAUGAAAUUACAGUAAAGCCAAAGCACCUCAAGUGUUUAGUAUUCUGUUAUAGACAGAAUAAUAUUUGCAUUUGCAAGCUAUCUGCUUAUUGAAGAUAAUAUUCUUGACUCAUGGUUGUUGUCCAAAACUACUAAUGUUACAAGAAUGAAAAAUGAAUGAUCAGAUCUAAGAGCAAAAGCAAACAUUGCUUGCAUUUCAUAGAAUAUAUUAACAGUGAAUUUUUCACUAAAAAUAUAUCUUCAUCAUUUGUGAAAUGUUUUGAAAUUUCCCAUAGAUUUAUUAUUUUAUGAUACUUGCAUUAAUUGGUGAUUAUAUUAAUUUCAUUGGGAAGGUAUCACUAAAACAAUCAGUCAUUUUAAGAAAAACUUGUAGUGAUAUUGCUGAACACUUAAACAAGGGUUCUCAUUGUGUGCUGGUGGUGCUGGUAGUUCUAAUUUACAGUGCUCAGGGAUGUGAAUUUGUUUGAGCAGUCCUGUAGCAAUGUGGCUUGUUUUAGGCAUCAUGUGGGAAAUUUAAUCAGGAUGAGUGCAAGAAUAAAAACUAUGAAAGGCACAAAUCAAAACGUGGUGCUGGAGCAGAGUCGUGGUUGGCCCUGUGAUUCUCAGUUUUGCUUGUUAAGAGAGUUGUAUUGGUCAGUCUUAAGCAAACAGCACAAGAUAGGAGGUGGAGCAUUGCUUAUUAGCGCAAUUUAGACCGAGUGCUACUUAAGCUCGAUCAGGUGGUGCCACAUGCACCCCGCCCUUGUGAUACACAUUCACUGCCAGUUAAAAGCAGAAAGCUGAUAUUUUGGCCUCCGUUAUUUCCCUGUGCCAGGGCAUUAAGUUCAGACUGCUCUGAACUUGCCAUAGUUUUUUUUUUAUUUAUUUUAUUAUUAUUAUUAUUAUUAUUAUUAUUUUAUUUUUUUUUUUUUUUUUUUUUCUCCCCAUAAUGAAUAGUUGAUAGCCGAUGUCAACUGUAUUUAUUGCAUUAAGUGUCUAUUUUUGUUACUUAGCUGUGUACAUGCAUUUCCUUUAAGUUGUGUCCCUAUUCCCAGAAGCUUUCUCAGAAGGCAGUAGAAUAUUUUUCCCAUUACAAUAAUCUCUGGUACUGUUCUUGUAGUGUUUCCAUGCUAAAAGGACGUGUACAUUCAAAGUGAUACCUUCCACUGUACAGUGUACCUGUGUAUGCAAACUGCACAGAACCUCUCUUGCUGACCUCAGAAGAAAUUAGAAAUUAAAGUAAAUAUGACUUCUGCUUGUAACUUUUUUUUUUUUUUUUUUUUUUUUUUUUUUUACAGAUUUGUCAUCAACAUUACUUAAAACAUCUACAAAAAAUCCACACACACACACACACACACACACACACACACACACACACACACACACACACACACACACAC